UUCAUAGUCAGACUGCGAAACGCGGGAUUGUAAUGUUGUCCUUACUUUCUACUUAUAAUUCCUUUCUAACCUUCCAAGGUGCAUCAAUGCUACCUAACAGAUGGUAGGAUAAUCCCGUGUUUCCUUCUUUUGAGUACGUACGAAUGUUUAUCUCACUUGGCAUAUUCCUUGAAUUGGGUACGAGUCACAGUUGACCAGCAUCAUCAUCAUUCGUGAAGAAUCCAACCACAAGAAGAAAGCGCUGGCGGCUACAGUUUGGAACGUUCUGGACUACUUCUUGCAGUGACAUCUCAAGUCUCCCGCAAUACCCAUGUUACUGCUUCGAGCUCUCUGGAGACGAAGUCCCCUGCUGCAAAGCAUCAGGACCCGCCGUCAGCCGACAAGGGGUCUGGAAGACGAGAGCCCACGGGACAAGUACCACCUGAGCGUCGACGGCACCGACCUCUCGAAGCUUUACAAGCAGGCGCGGCCGACACUUCCGGAUUCCGUGAUUCAAGACGUCAUAGCAUACGUCGACCAAAAGCUGUCCAAGCGUGAGCUGUGCGUUGACGUGGGCUGCGGGCCCGGCCAGAGCACUGAGCUGUUCUGCCCCUACUUCAAGAACGUGGUGGGCGCCGACAUCAGCCAUUCGCAGAUCGAGGAGGCCAACGCCAUGCGGCGGCACGGAAACGUCACCUACAUGGAGGCGCACGCCGAGUCCCUGCCGCUGCGCUCCAACUCGGUCGCGCUGGUGUCGGCGGUGAACGCGAUCCAGUGGUUCGACCAGGACGCCUUCUUCUCCGAAGUGCGCCGCGUGCUGGUGGAGAACGGCGUCCUCUUUGCGGCCAUGCACCACCUGAGGGCGCUGCUGGAACCCGACAUGGACAACUGGCUCUUCCAGCUGAGAAAAGAAAAGUUCUCGGACUACUUGCUAUCCCGCCAUAUGUACUGGGAUGACGGCUAUGGCAGCAUCGAGGUCCCCUUCAAGGGCGUACGAAGGAAGACGAUGCUGAGCAAAAGCACCCUGACGGUGUCGGGCGUGAUGAGCCACGUCAACACGUGGAGCCUGGCGAUCAUGAUGCGCGAGCAGGAACCGGAAAGGGCCCGGGCCACGCUCGCCGAAUUCAGGGACAGGAUCCUAUCAAAGAUGAAAGAUCACCCUGAAGAAGACCCAGUGAUCAACGUCGCCUUCAUGACGUCAUAUUUUAUGUGCCGGAAGUAAUUGUUUCACGGAUUCGAGCUUGAAUGGCAAAAAUACACUCUCAGAUUUUUUUUUCUCUCUAUGCAAUGCCUACAAAGGCAUAGUCAAAUUUAUUUACGCGGGUAUACGCAUAAAUCUUUAUCUAUACGCACGAACUGACCAUCGUCUUGUUGUGGGCGUAAGAAUACCGGCAAUAAAGUAAAACAUCCGGUAAAAAAUAAAGAGAACUAUAGAGACA